AUUAGACAAUAUGAACUCUAGUAGAAGCAGCAAGGUGCGUAAAUCUAAGUCCCCGGGUUCCAUUAACAAGAUGUUCCAUUCAAACAUAAAGUCAACCAGUAGUAAUUCAGGAAUGAAGAGUAAGGUAAAGAAAAAGUUGGUCAAGAAGUCUUCCUCAAAGUCAAUCCUCUCUAAAAAUAGCAAGUCUGGGAUGCGGAGCUUGUCCGUCUCCAGGAGCGUGGGGUCUUUGCCAAUUAUCCCAGGGAAUGACCUCAAAACUAUUAAGGAGAUCUUUACCAGAGCGAAGAAGUACAAGAUGAAGUAUGGACAACACAAAAUACCUGUGAAAAUCAUGAAAAGUGAAAAGAAGAGUUUUGGAAGUCACAAAAAAUCAAGCAGAAGUAUUCCAAAGUACAAGAAUUCCUCGAAUUCUGUAGCCAUGCCUGCAUAUAGCAUCAAAAAACCUAACAAAGAAGAUAUUCAUAGGCUGAAGUUAUCUUCAGAGAAAAAUGUCACAGAAUGCUCGAAGUACGAACAUGAGUACCUAACCGAGGAGCAAGAGGUGUGCAAAACAGAGGAAAAGGCGAAGUCUAAAUUUGGAUCUAAGAAAAAGAGUCCUCCAAGAUCCAAGAUGAAGUAUGGAAUUGAGAUGAGCAGAGAUGCAAAUGGGCUUCCGGCUGGCCAUCUCGUACAUCGCAAAUGUAUCCCCAAAAGCUCUAAGAAAGGAACUAUGAGCACUAAAGAUGAUAAGAGCGAAAUGAUGAGCAUUGCUUCGGGAGGAAUGGCCCGCUCAGAAGUACCACGCAUGAAGUAGUUUCUGAAAUCAGCCAAAUUUGUU